UCUCUACCCGACAUCCGCAUUCAACGGCCCAGGACACCUGCCACCGCAGCCAACUCCACCUUCCAGCUGAUCCUGCGGGCUCCGCCAUGUUCCGGAGGUCUUCGUACGCCUCCGUUGUCUCUGGCCAAGCUUCUUCGACCAAUCCUCAACGCUCCGGCGCCUUCUCACACCUGGUCAACUCCAACGCGACAUCUGGACAAGCGGCACCACACCACGGCUCUUCAGGCCACGCCCGGAACCAUUCGAGGUCACUAGAAGCGGAUGGUCAUCAUAACGGCAUGUCUAUGCCGUGGGGGAGGAGCGCUGGGCCGCUGCCCACCUACGCGAGCCAGUUUGGGAGCAUGGGGAACGGCUUUGGCGUCGUAGGACAUGAGGAACAGGCCUCAUCAUUCUUCGUACCAUCAUACCUAAAAGGCUCCCGCCAUGCAGAAAGACUGGAGGAGGCGCACAAGGCAAAGCUUGCCGCCCAGCGCGAGCACCGAUCCAACCACUCGUCCGCCACAGCGUCCCUCUCCACCAGCUCCAGCAGUGUCAACCUCCAUAAGAUGGUGCCGUCGCACCGGGGGAUGACACACGAUAUAAUCGAGCGAGCGCCGCCGCUUGUGGAGGAGAACGUCGCAUCAUGGCCGACCAGAUGGAGUGAAGCAGACAAAUUCGCCCAAAUAGAGGUUCAAGGAGAUGGACUGGAGGUGCGCUUCCAAGGACCCGCAAAGACACAUGAAGAGUCGGCUUCCAUACGGACAGAUCACCCAAUGCCGCGACAGUGCGGGAUAUACUACUUUGAGGUCACCGUGGUGUCAAAGGGCAAGGAAGGCAGGAUGAUUGGUAUUGGAUUCGGAAGUUCCAAGGUCGUGUUGAAUAGGAUACCAGGUUGGGAGCCCGAAUCGUGGGCAUAUCAUGGGGACGAUGGAAUGAUCUUCUCAAAUACAACAUCCGGCAAGCAAUUUGGACCCAAGUUCACAACGACAGAUGUUAUAGGCUGUGGCAUAAACUUCCGCACUGGAUGUGCCUUCUUCACGAAGAAUGGAAAUGAAAUAGGGGUUGCAUUUAGAGACAUCAAACACGAGAAGCUCUAUCCCAUGGUAGGAAUGCGGAAACCCGGUGAAACUCUGAGAGCAAAUUUCGGGCAAACACCUUUCGUCUUCGAUAUCGACAGCAUCGUGAAGAAAGAAAAAGAAAAGAUACAAGGCGAGAUAAAUUUGAUGAAUGGGUCUGGUAGCCACAGCUCAAAGUCGAAUCGACCACAAAUGGACGAAACGGCACUCAUCCACGAGCUCACUGUACAGUAUCUGGCUCACGAUGGCUACGUGGAGACUGCUCGAGCUUUUGCAGAAGAAGUCCGGGAAGAGUCAAGAUCACUUGCCAACAAUGCCGAUCCCGGGCUCAAGCAUCUGGAUCCCGCUGAAGACAUGGAUGCGAUAAAUCGGCAGCAAAUCCGCGCCGCAAUCCUCGACGGCGACAUUGACAAAGCCCUCAAACACACGGCCGCCUACCGCCCAACCGUGCUCCGUGACAACGAAAACAUCUACUUCAAACUGCGCUGCCGCAAAUUCAUCGAAAUGGUGCGCAAAUGCACAGAACUGACGGUCCCCUCGAAACGCUCCACCACCAACGGGCAACAACACAACGGCUCUGACGACUACGACGUCUUCGACCACCAGAUGGAGCUCGACGACCAGUUCGCCACCACCGACGGCCAAUGGGGCGCCAACGAGAGCAUGGACACGGAGGAGCCCGCAGACAGUUCAGCACGCUACCAGGCCAUGCUGCAGGAGACGCUGACGUACGGGCAAGAGCUCAAGGCGGAGUUCAGCAACGAUCCGCGGCGGGAGGUCAAGAAGGCGCUGACGGACACAUUUGCGCUGAUGGCGUACCCGGAUGCGCGGGAGAGCAGCUUGGCGCCGUUGUUGGAUGUUAGCGGGAGGGUGCCCGUGGCCGAGGAACUAAACAGCGCGAUUUUGGUAUCACUAGGCAAAUCCUCCUCGGCCGCGCUCGAGCGGCUCUGCCAGCAGGCGGAGGUGCUGGUCGCGGACCUCGCCGAGGACGGCGGCGCGGGCGCUUUCAUUAAUGUCCGCAGCGACUUUUUGAGAUAAAAUGCGCCUAGCUUGGCAGAGCAGAGCAGAGCAGACUAGAGUUUCUAUUAACCUCAUCCCCAUCCCCUUCCCUCGGUUUCUACUGCGUGUAACGGAAGUUUGUGUAGUGUUUUCCGUACGUGUUGC